AUGAAUUUCGAAUAUCCACAAUAUUGUUCACUCUUCUUAGUAGCUCUCUUGAAUAAACAAGAAAGUAUGUCAACAUCUGUAGGUCAAAGGCAACAUUUAUUACCUGCCAUGAUUUAUUUGAGAGAUCCAAGUUCGCAUUUAAUAUGGAUGGAUCAAGAUAUUGGGUUUACCCCACCUUAUCUUAAGAAAUCGGUUCAAUUCUUUCCCCGAGCAAAAUUUCCCAACGAUUUAAUUAUAGGGGCAGAAUUUAGAGUAGCUCAAUGGCAACUUCAUAGAACUUCCAUGCCAUUUCCUUGUCCUCCUACUUCUGAUGAUUUAGUUGCUGCUUGGGAAGAACAAUUAAAUAAAAGAGAUAUUGUUGAUGUUCAAUUUAAUAUUGAUGGGAGACAACUUUACGCCAGUAGUUCUUUACUUUCUAGACGUUCAACUUAUUUCUCUAGAUUAUUUCAACAACAAUGGGCGGAAAAUUUUGAUUAUGAAACUUUUUUGACAAUGUUACGAUUUCUUUAUACCGGUCGAGCAAGUUCCGUAAAUCCCAAUGUGACCAUACGGGAUAAUGUUUUAGAAGUAUUCGCCAUCGCCGAUAAAUAUUUAAUCACCGAAUUAAGACAACGAGCGAUGGCAAAAAUUGAUAGGGAUCUCACUCCCGAAACUGCCGGUGAUGUAUUAUUCGGUUGGGCUUGGAAAUGGUCAGAUUUAAAAGAGAUGGUCACGAAGUAUGUGAUAAAGAACUUUGGUAAAAUUAGAAAAACUCAAGAAUGGAAAAGUAUUGGUAAAAGGUAUCCCAAUUCAACCGAAUUAAUGGAAGAAACUUUGAUUUGCUAUAUGCAUAGUAUCGUAUGA